CUCCCUUCCUCAGACUGUAGUAAUACCUCUAGCAACUUAGCUCUCCGCAACAGCGCCUUCUUCAGCGCCCGCCACGUCUUCGCCCUCAAACACAAUCCCUGAUCCGUAUGCCACAAAUCGAUAAUGGUGCUCAACUCUCUCAUAUCCUCAAUCAGCUCCUCCAUUCCCCGAUCUCCUUGUUCCGCACCGCGGUCUCCGUCUCCCUCCCCAUCCUCGUCAGCGCCGCCGAGCUCGGCGUCGUUAUCGGUCUCGUCCUGGCCAGCUUCAAACUCCGCCCCGGUGGUCUCUGUUGCAGCCUCCUGUCUUUCCAUGAAGGCCUUCAAUUGCCUUCGGGCUUCCGCUCGGUUAGGAUGCCAUCGAUUUAUCCACCGCCCGAAUGUCGAGACGUCUAGUGGUGGGUUGGGGCCAAGCAUGGGCGGUGGCGACGGCGUGUCGGCCUGUCGGACUCGCUCGUCGAGCAAGCGCAGCGGAUCCACGGGAGCUGUGUCUAGGUUUUCGAGGUCGGCUCGUUCGGGGUGCCCCUCGUGACGGAAAUUGGGGGCGCUGCUGGCCGGGAAUGUGUCGCUUGAAGGGAGAGGGACGUUUUCGAGUUGAGGGGACUGUUGGCGUGCUGAUGCCUUGCUGGAGCUCCUUUCCAGGGAUGAACCGCCUAGCGUAGGCUGAAGGUCUUCUGCUUGAGUGGAUGGUUCAGAUGCCAUGGCGACUGUUAA